GCUCCCGUGGGGUGGGCCAAGCGGCGGUCCAUGACCCUCGACCAACUCUGCCCCCUGGUGCUCAUAAAGCCAUUCCCCCUCUUCCUCCGCCUCUUCUUCCAUCCGCGUGCAGGAGAGAUUGGGCGAAUGUCUCCGACGGCCGACGGGCCAGGUGGGCUGAUCGCUGACCGGGUCCUCGCCGACGGCGUGGGCGACGGCGGUGGCUCCACGGACCCGCGCGGGCCCGACUUCCGCGGCCUGGACCGCCGGUUCCACCCCGGGCAGCGGGUCAUGCUCCUGGACAACGACAGACGCGCCCCUCCCACCCGCCGCCGCUUCUACAACGUCUCCACCGGCGAGUGGAUAAAGCUUGACGUGGAUCACCCGGAGCUCCGCGACCACGGCACGGUUUCGCUCGCGCUCACCGCUGGGGGACGCCUCGUCCUGCUCCACAAGAGCUCCACCCACGUCCAGCUAUACUCAACCCGCUAGCUCACGUGCCCGCCACUGACCACGCCGCUGCCUCCUACCUCUCAGAUGGUAAUAUGGAUUUCAACCAAUUUUACGGCGUGGGGAUCCCGGCAUACACAGUGGUUCUACUACGUCAGUCAUUCGUGCUCUGCUUCCCUAGGCAUUGCCAAGCCUGGCGAUUGCCCCAUUGGAAAACUUAUAAAAUUAAUCAUCAUUUGCCAGGAUCUUUUUUACUGUUUCUUCUUUUCUUUUUUGACUAGGAUCUGGUGUUCACUGGGUGGAAAUGCGUAGACCUGUGCUCUUAGUCUCUUAUGAAGAAGUCGGCUAUAUGCCCUUAAUCUGUAAAGCCCAGCUCUUCUGUAGUGUUCUGUGUCUAAACAUGUAUACCUUCCAUAUGUCUGAAGACUAGAAAUAUUUAAUCUAAUUUCAUCCGUUUUACAUA